GAGGACCGGCAGGUUUUUGGGCGGCCAGCAAACACUUCGCCUAUCAUCAGUCAACGUAAAGCCAACUCCUCCUCUUCUGCUGUUACGCACAUGUAAUGCAGCCUCCAAAACAUUAACCAAACAGACUACUGUAAAGGAAAACUGCUUCUCCCAGACGGCCUGCGGGAUUUUUAUAAAGCAAAAGGCUGCUGUGUUUUCAUUUUUUUUUUUUUUUUGCCUCUCUGAAAAGCAAAAGUAGUUUGUUUGAGCGACAUAAAUCAGCUGCUGCUGUAAAGCAUCAACUCGGACUGUUGAACCUGGAGGAGGGGAGGAAGACUGGCAGCUUGUUUUUGGGACAUAUCUUCUUUUUUUGUUCUUUCUUUCUUUUGCUGUGUGAUGCAUUAGAAGCCGACUGCCUUGCUUUGGCACUGCCAGUUGUACAGUUACUUAUUGUUCUGCAGAAAAAGGUAUUUGCUAAUGCCUUACAGACUGUCGAAAUCCUGAAAUAUUACUCCCGGCUCGGAGGAGGCAUCGGUUGCUGAGAGCCAUGCAGCAGCGGGGGCUUCCAUAGUUGGUAUGUUUAUCCAUCGCAAAUGGAAAAGAAAAUCUAGAAAGAACAAUUGGUAAUAAUAAGAAAAAAGAAAUAACAAUCAUACCUGAGAGAAAAAUUCCCAGCGAGAGAGAAAGAAACGAAAUCUGUGCGAUUUUAUUUAUGAAUUAAUCAUAUAGCUUAUUAAUAAUGAGAGCUGCAGAGAUUCGGAUGACGGUUUCCAUUGGCAGAUGAGACGUAGUGUGGAGAACACGUGUCCCAAUUUUUCCCUCAUAUUUUUUUCUCCCUGAUCUGGAUUUCUCACUUGUCACGGCAAGGAAAAAGGGAAAAAGGAAAAACCUCCAAAAAAGCGAGUAUCAUUUUGAGUGGCGUUAUUGCGCAGGUUUUUUUUUUUCGCCUCUUCUGAUGGACAUCUUGGCUUGCAGAUCCGAAGAGAACAGUUAUAAUAUCCUCCCAUCUGCGGCAACGAUGCUUUUCCACGGCCUCCCUGGAGGCGACGUGCACGGUGUGGUGGAAGAAAUGGACCGGAGAGGAAAGAGCGAGUCAGCAGCCAUCAGCUCGGCCAUCGAUAUGGGAGAAUCAGAUACGUCCAUGCCGUGUAUGAACAGCGAGCGCGUGGCCCUGUGCGCGGGCUGCGGCAGGAAGAUCGCGGACCGCUACUACCUGCUGGCUGUGGACAAACAGUGGCACAUGCGCUGCCUCAAGUGCUGCGAGUGCAAACUCAACCUGGAGUCUGAGCUCACCUGCUUCAGCAAGGACGGCAGCAUCUACUGCAAGGAGGACUACUACAGAAGAUUUUCGGUGCAGAGAUGCGCUCGGUGCCACCUGGGGAUCUCAGCGUCGGAGAUGGUGAUGCGGGCUCGAGACCUGGUCUACCACCUCAACUGCUUCACGUGCACCACCUGCAGCAAGAUGCUCACCACCGGGGACCACUUUGGCAUGAAGGACAGUCUGGUGUACUGUCGGCUGCACUUUGAGACUCUCAUCCAGGGAGAAUAUCAGACUCAUUUUAACCACGCGGACGUUGUGCCACACAAAGGCCUGGGCCCGGCCAACACGCUCGGACUAUCCUACUUCAACGGCGUGGGGACGGUGCAGAAAGGCCGGCCAAGGAAGAGGAAAAGUCCCGGGCCUGGGGCCGAGCUGGCUGCUUAUAACGCAGCGCUGAGCUGUAACGAGAACGACGGCGAGUCUAUGGACCGGGACUCCCAGUACAGCUCCAGUCAGAAGACCAAGCGCAUGCGGACAUCCUUCAAGCACCACCAGCUGAGGACUAUGAAGUCCUACUUCGCCAUCAACCACAACCCAGACGCCAAGGACCUCAAACAGCUUGCCCAGAAGACCGGCCUUACCAAGCGGGUCUUACAGGUCUGGUUCCAAAAUGCUCGGGCUAAAUUCAGGAGGAACCUGCUGCGGCAGGAGAGCACCGGGGUCGACAAGGCUUCCGACGGCUCCACGCUGCAGGGCGGGACACCGUCGGGCCCGGCCUCAGAGAUCUCCAACAACUCCAUGAGCCCCUCCAGCACCCCCACCACCCUAACAGACUUGACCAACCCCACCAUGCCCACGGUCACCUCCGUGCUCUCCUCGGUGCCGGGCGGCAUGGACGUCCUCGAGUGCCGGAGCCCGUCGCAGACCACGCUGACCAGCCUCUUCUGAUGGACGGAGCCCUUUCUCCCCACAGCCUAACCUCCUACCCCUCCCCCACCCUCACACCCUACUGGAUCUAAAACUGAGCACUGUUGACUCCUUCGAACAUUAAACGGAUUAGAAAAAGAGAAGGUAACGGAAACAUGAAAAAAAAAAAAAAGAUUUCAUUUCGCUCUGAGCCCAUUAGAGACUAUUUGCAUAGUGAGGCGGCCAAGCCUUACAGAUGGAACAGUUGUUGUUAUUUUGAUGUUGUUGUCUUGUCGAGAACUGAGGAGACUUGAUUUGCAUUUUUCAAUGUUUACAGAAAGAGACUGCGGGAAAAAAAGAAAACUGCUUAAUUUUUAAUUAAUUCAUUUUUUUCCAGCACAGUAUUUAUGUUGUUGUACAAGAGUCACUGUUAGAAGGAUUGUAAAAAAAUCUUUUUUUGAAAAUCUGAGAUUAAACACAGGUUACAAUAUCCUA